AUGUUUGUAAGCAAGCAACCAGAGGACCGACGGCUUAAAGUCCUCUUCGAGGACCUGGGUGUCCCGUUUGCCGAACCACCUGUGCGUUUCAGUCCACCCGCUCCCAAGUCAUCAUGGCAGCACAUCUUAGAUACUAAGGCCUUUAAGCCAGCAUGCAUGCAACCAAUCUACAACAACUUCCCUAUCGUUGACGAGGACUGUCUUUAUCUCAACGUGUAUACACCGAGUCCUAAGCCCAACAAUGCCGCAGUUCUGGUUUACAUCCACGGAGGGACCUUCGUAACAGGCUCCGCUAUGACUUAUAUGUAUUAUGGCGUUCCCUUGGUGGCGGUCGGUGACGUCAUCGUUGUCACAAUAAAUUACAGGGUGGGAAUAUUCUCACGAUUCUCAACAAGAAGUGAAGAAGCAAGAGGAAAUUUCGGAAUGCUCGAUCAAGUCGAAGCUUUGAGAUGGGUGCAGCGAAAUAUAGCAGCAUUCGGCGGUGACAGGGAUAGAGUUACAAUUUUCGGUGAAAGUGCUGGGGCUGCAAGCGUGGAUUUCCUACUGCUUUCAAAACUGAGUAGGGGACUCUUUAGCCAAGCAAUCAUGCAGAGUGGGAAUUCGUUUUCUGAAUGGGCCUUCAAGAAUCCUUCGUCGGAGGUGGACACGAACCGGGCCAUUCGUCUCGGUCAGAGGAUGGGAUGCCCAACUGCUUUAGCCUCCGAUCUGGUAGCAUGUUUGCGAACCAAAGAUGCCAAGAGUUUGAUGAGAACUGCAGGAGGGAUAUACGGCGCCUACCCGAUCUUUGUGGACGGCCUCUUCCUGGAAGACACGCCCACUAACUUAUAUCUGUCACGUGACUUUAAGCGAUGUCCAAUCCUAGCGGGCUUUAACAAAGACGAGGGCACUCUGACGCCAUACUUCUACUACCCACGUUACAGAGGGCAGUCUUACCACCCCUUCAUCGGUCUUCGGGCUGCACAGAAUCGCGUGACCCGGAUGGUAUCGGGGAUGGGGUUCACCGGUAGCAUCCUGCGUAACGCAGCCUUGGAGGUGUACACGAACUGGUCGAUGAUACCAGAUCCUACUGCCAACUUCUUCCGGACGUUCGUCGACGUCGAAACCGACGUAUACUACGCAUGCACCACUGAUAAGGUUCUCCGUGCUCACGACAGCACCGAUGACAGCAAAAUCUACCAAUAUGUUUUCAGUCAUGAGCCUACUAAGAGUUUCUUCCAGUUCCGGGACGUCAUACCGUCCACCCCGUGGUUGAAGGCGGGUCAUGGAGAAGAUUUGACCUUUGUCUUUGGCUUUCCCUUCAUCGAUGAACUCUAUCAUGUUCGAGGUCAUAACGUCACAGAAGAAGAGAAAGCCCUCUCAAUUCAGAUCAUGAAAUAUUGGACAAACUUCGCUAAAACAGGAGAUCCAAAUCUGUCAGAGGUGGGCCUACCCCAAACAAACACCUUGCCGCCCUGGCCGGAAUUCAACGCUAGAGGGCUGAGACACAAAGUUUUGUCCCAGGGUUUCAGGAACGGAAGAGCAGCUCGAGCGAGGCAGUGCCAUUUCUUGAACUCUUAUCUUCCUAUGCUUAAAGCAUCAACAACUCCCAUGGUAGAACUGGAGCAGCAAUGGAGACGUGACUACACUUCGUGGAAGUCUGAUUAUGGUAUAUGGAAGAGAAAGUUUGAGGAGAAUGUAUAAACGGCAUAACAGAGGCGUCGAUCCUGGGGGGGGGGGGUGGCAGGGGGCGGUCGCCCCACCAACUAAAAUAUUUGGGGGCAAACAUAUCGUUUUGCCCCCCAAUAAUUCCGUAAGUGCAAAAAAAAAGA